AGAGGAGGAGGAGGAGGCGGAAGUAGAGGAAGACAAGAAGAAGAAGAAGAAGAAGUCGAGUAGAAAGAUGGAAAAAAGGAAGAUUUAGUUAUUUGUCUUCUUAUUUACUUAUUUGUCUACUUAUUUACUUAUUUGUCUACUUAUUUGUCUUCUUGUUUGUUAGUUGAAGUGUUGCGCCAGCAGACAGUAAAACAACUUUAGUGCUACAAUCAAAGAGGCGGGCGCCAUGGAGCAGGAAGUCCAUGUCUGGUGACCUCAGAGAUGGCUGAAGAGAGAUUCUACCUUCUGUCACCCUGAGUAGUAGCCAGCAUGCUAGGAAAGGUGAAGCACAACUUCCUGCUGGUAUGUCUGCUCAUGAGUUCAGUCACCGUCUUCUACCUGGGCCACCACGCCAUGGAGUGCCAGCAGCAGGGGGAGGAGUCAGUGGGCGGGUCCAGGGCCCACAAUGUGAGUGCGUACAACAAAGACAUGCCGCUCAUCUUCAUCGGGGGAUUCCCCCGCAGUGGCACCACGCUGAUGAGAGCCAUGCUGGAUGCCCACCCAGAGGUGCGUUGUGGUGAGGAGACCCGAGUCAUCCCACGUCUUCUGGCCAUGAAGCAGAUGUGGAGCCGCUCAGGAAAGGAGAAGAUGCGUCUGGACGAGGCCGGCGUGACGGACGAGGUGCUGGACGCCGCCAUGCAGGCCUUCCUGCUGGAAGUCAUCGUCAAACACGGCGAGCCCGCCAACUUCCUGUGCAACAAGGACCCCUUCGCCCUCAAGUCUCUGUCCUACCUGGCCAAGAUCUUCCCCCGCGCCAAGUUUGUGCUGAUGAUCCGUGACGGCCGCGCCUCUGUGCACUCCAUGAUCUCCCGCAAGGUGACCAUCGCCGGCUUUGAUCUUGGAAGCUUCCGGGACUGCCUGACCAAGUGGAACCGUGCUGUGGAGAGCAUGUACACUCAGUGCCUGGACCUACCUGACAGGUGUCUGCCUGUCAGGUACGAACAACUGGUCCUCCACCCGGGAACAUGGAUGACAACGCUCCUCACCUUCCUCCACAUUCCUUGGAGUGACACCGUGCUCCACCAUGAGGAGCUCAUCGGCAAGGCAGGAGGAGUUUCACUCUCCAAGGUGGAGAGGUCCACAGAUCAGGUGGUUAAACCCGUCAACAUGGAGGCUUUGUCCAAAUGGGUGGGCAAGAUCCCAGCUGAUGUGGUGAAGGACAUGGCCGCCAUUGCUCCCAUGUUGUCCAGAUUGGGCUAUGACCCCCAAGCCAAUCCCCCCCACUAUGGCAGCCCCGACCCCAAAGUUCUGGACAACACCAGGAAGAUCCAGCGGUCUGCAGAAAAGGUCCAUCCCAGCUAAGACCAGCAAGAUUUACAUACUUUCAAUGUACAGGAAAGAACAAUAUCCUGGUCAUCUUCUUAUGAAAUAUUCUUCAAUCUGGGUUUGAUUCAACAUGAACUCACUCUUGUUCUUCAAUAUAGCGUCUGCUCUAUGGGAGGGAGUCAUAAUCAAUACCCAAUCAGAACCAUAGCAUAAAUGAGUCAUCCUUUCAUAGUCACUGUACUAGCGAUGGUGGUAAUACAAAUGUUGUUUAUUUCUCAGAAUACACAUAUGGUUUUUAACAGUAGGAACAUGUUGACUUGGGAAUGAAAGCACACCUUAUUGACCUGCAUGACACGGUUACAAUGUGUAGUGUUGGUAUUCCAUCAUAAAACAUUUUACAGUACUGUGAUAUAUGUUACAAUGUGUAGUAUUGGUAUUCCAUCAUAAAACAUAUUACAGUACUGUGAUAUAUGUAACAUCUUCUAUGUUUGAAUGAAUGUCUUCUCAUGACUAGAUUGUCUUUUAUUGACUUUGAUUGACAUUUUACCAAUAAACCUAAAAGGCAAUAA